UUCCUAGACCUACCCACUGUACUUUGUGGUCCGGUUUCGUGCUCAUGCUGCCACUAUCUGCUCUUUGGCAUAAGUUGUAGCUAGCCUCUAAUUAUCCAGUUUCUCUUGAACAUCCUUUCAUCACUAACAAAUUUCUCAAUUUUUACUCGUUUUGCUUGAUUUUCUCUUUUGGGGGCUAAAAAUUUAGGUGUAUCAUGAAAUUUCUCACUCCAAACAAAUAUCAGUAUCUCCCAUUUUAUCAUCAAUGAUUCGUUCUAAGAUUCAAUAGUUCCUUUAAGAUUGUCCAAAAGUUAACCAGUGUUUUCGAAAGUGCACGAGGCUUACGCCUUGAUGCAUUCAUUAGGAGCCUUAGAACUUACCAUUUGAGUAUCGUUUGUCAAGGCUUACUUUUUAUAUUUUUACUUUAUAAAGACUUGGCUGUUUCAUACCUUGGGUUAACGAGGCUUUAAUCUCCCAUUUACACUUGAGUAUUAAAAACCAAAUUAUGGAAUGGGCUUCCUUGGCAAUUGUGUAGUUGGACUUCUUGUUUAUCUUCGCUUUUCUUUUGAUAACUUUGAACUCAGUAACAAUGUCAAUUCCUAUGUUAGCUGCUUACAUCUGCUCAUGUUUCCUCAGGAAAGUGAUCCCAUGUUAACUGACCGGGUUUGGGAGGCUUUAGUAAAACCUUUUGCAAGUCAAAUGAAGUCUGUUUUCACUGCAUCAAGCUUUGUCAAGGAGAUAUUCACUACAGGGUAUCCAAAGCUAUUGUCUACGAUUGAGAACCUCCUUGAAAGGAUUUCACGUGAUACUGAUGUCAAAGGAGUUCCACCAGCUCUUACUUUAGAAGGAAAGGAACAAAUGAUAGCUGCCAUUGAAAUUUUCCAGACAGCGUUUUUGGGGUUCUGCUUGAGUAGACUUUCUGAUCUUGUUAAUUCUGUAUUUAACAUGUCAAGCCGUGGAACUGUUCCCUCAAAAGAGCAUAUCUCAAGGAUUAUAUCAUGCAUUCAGGAAGAAGUUGAAGCUGUGCAGCUGGAUGCACGUUUGACUCUUCUUGUCUUACGUGAAAUCAGCAAUGUUUUGCUUUUGCUCGCAGAAAGAGCUGAAUAUCAGGGAGGUGCUCUUUAAUUUCGCCUUGUAAAU